AUGGACGACAGCUGCGCGGUGUGCGCGGACGCGCUCGAGUGGGUGGCCUACGGGCCCUGCGGCCACCGGGAGGUGUGCUCGACCUGCGUCGUCCGCCUCCGCUUCGUGGUCGGGGACCGUCACUGCUGCAUCUGCAAGACGGACUGCCCCUCCGUCUUCGUCACCAAGGCCAUGGGGGACUACACGAGGGUCAUCUCCGACUUCUCCGCUCUGCCCGCCGCGGCGAGCGAGGGGAAGGCGGGGGAGCACUGGUACCACGAGGAUUCAAGGGCCUACUUCGACGACGCCGACCACUACAAGAUGAUACGGGCCAUGUGCCGGCUCUCCUGCAGCGUGUGCGAAAGAAUCGAGGAGGACCAGGCCGGCCAGGCGGCGCAAGCGCAAGCAAAGGGCAGAGACAGCACCUUCAAGACCAUUGGCCUGCUAAGGGGGCAUUUGGCCGACAAGCAUGGGCUGCGCAUGUGCAAUCUUUGCUUGGGAGGGAGAAAGGUGUUCAUCUGUCAACAGAAGCUCUACACGCAGGAACAGAUGACCCGGCACACGCAAACAGGCGACACGGAGGUGGAUGGUUCCGAUGAGGUUGAGCGCGGCGGCUUUGCAGGGCACCCGAUCUGCGAGUAUUGCAAGAGGGCAUUCUAUGGAGAUAAUGAGCUUUACGAGCAUAUGACCAGGCAGCACUACACGUGCCACAUAUGUCAGAGGCGCCAUCCUGGGAGCUACGAUUAUUUCCGCAACUACGACGAUCUGGAGAUGCAUUUUAGGAAGGAUCACUUCCUCUGCGAAGAUGAAGCGUGUUUGGCCAAGAAGUUUGUUGUCUUCCAGAGCGACGCAGAGAUCAACAGACACAAUGCUAUGGAGCACGGCGGGCGGAUGACUCGUGCCCAGAGGAAUGCCGCACUUCAGAUACCUACCAGUUUUAUGUACCAAAGGAAUGAGCACGAUCAAAGGCGCGGCAGAGGCAGGGGCCGUAAUGAUCACCAUGACAGACCUGACAGGGAUUUCUCAUUACCUGUGGAUGGCAGUGCAACUGCAGAUCAUGGCCUUGGAAGUCGACUUGAUAGCGCAGGGGGUUCCGCGAUGUUUGCUGAUGAAUCAUUGUUCCCUCCAUUGCCUGGGUCAAGUAACAAGUGUCCUGCUUCAACACAACAGGGGCUACAAGGUCUUCCUAAGACCACUCUUGCAUCAAGGCUUCAACAAUCUAGGAAGGGCACCGUAAAGGUACUAUAUUCUGGUCGGCCUCAAACUGCUCAAAAUCCUGAGAUGGUACCUCAUGUUUCCACUUCCACCCACACAUGUCCUACACCUGAGCGGGAGCGGAAUGGCAGUGCAACUGCAGAGCAUGGCCUUGGAAGUCGAGUCGAUAGUGUUGCAGGGCCUUUACAGUCAUCAAGUGUCAGUUCGGCCAGUUCUCGUCGAAGCUUAGGGAAUGGUCGCGUGCUUAAACAAUUGUCUUUUCCUCAUCUUCAAGGCUGGGAUAUUCCUGAUGCUAGGAUGGAUGCUGUUUCAGAUGAAACCUCGUGUGCUCCCCUCUCAGAGCAACAAUCAAGUAAUACGCUGGCUCUUAAUCAGAGCUCAAGGGGUUCUGAGAGGCUUGGUGAUGUGUUCCUUCCAUUGCCUGGGUCAAGUAACAAAGGUUCUGCUUCAACACAACAGGGGCUGCAAGCUUUUGCUAAGAACACACUUGCAUCAAGGCUUGAACAACCUAGGAAGGGCACCGUGAAGGUACUAAAGUCUGGUGACGUGUUCCUUCCAUUGCCUGGGUCAAGUAACAAAGGUUCUGCUUCAACACAACAGGGGCUGCAAGCUUUUGCUAAGAACACACUUGCAUCAAGGCUUGAACAACCUAGGAAGGGCACCAUGAAGGUACUAAAGUCUGGUCGGCCUCAAACUGCUGAAAAUCCUGAGAUAGUACCUCAUGUUUCCACUUCCACCCAGACAUGUCCUACACCUGAGCGGGAGCGGGAUGGCAGUGCAACUGCAGAACAUCAUGGCCUUGGAAGUCUAGUUGAUAGUGUUGCAGGUCCUUUACAGUCAUCAAGUGUCAAUUCAGCCAGUUCUGGUCAAAGCUUAGGGAAUGGUGGCGUGCUCGAACAAUUGUCUUUUCCUCCUCUUGGAGACCAGGAUAUUCCUGAUGCUAGGAUGGAUGCUGUUCCUGAAAAAACCUCGUUUCCUCCCCUCUCAGAGCAUCAAUCAAAGCAUGCACUGGCUGUUAAUCAGAGCUUAAGGGGUUCUGCGAAGCAUCAAGCAAAGCAUGCACCGGCUGUUAACCAGAGCUCAAGGGAUUCUGCGAGGCUUGGUGAUGAAUCAUUAUUCCCUCCAUUGCCUGGGUUAAGUAACAAGGGUUCUGCUUCAACACAACAGGGGCUGCAAAGUCUUGCUGAGAACACAUUUGCAUCAAUGCUUCAGCAACCUAGGAAGGGCGCCAUGGAGGUACUGAAUUCUUGUCGGUCCCAAACCGCUGAAAAUCUUGAGAUAGUGCCUGAAUUUUCCACUUCCACCGAGGCAUGGCCUACGCCUGAUCAGGGGCUACAUCUCUCUGGGUCUUCUCACCUUCGGAUCGAACCUCAAUCGACAAGAGAUAAUGGGCUCAUGCCACCUGCCUCCAGCGGUUCAGCAUGGAAUUCCAGAGCUCCAAACAAGAUGAAGCACUCUGUUUCUACCCCUUAUCUUGUUUCUGGUGGGUCCUCUGCCCAGGCAUCAUCAAGUAGAGCUUAUGGCAAUAAAAACCAAGUGCCACCUCAAAGCAGCCAACCUUUGCCUGUUGCGGAGGAUGUUCGGCAAGCGAACAAUGCCCUUGUGGAAAGAAUGCGUGCUGCAUUUGGAAUGGAUGAGGAUAGGUUCUCUGCGUUUAAAGAAAUUGCUUGUGAAUACCGUCACGGUGUCAUUGGUACUUCAGAGUAUCUCUCGUAUGUGGAGCAGUUUGGUAUAUCGCAUCUUGUUCCUGAGAUGGCUAUUUUGUUGCCUGACCCUGUGAAGCAGGCCGAACUUGCUGAGGCCUAUUACGCCAACAUGCGCUCUAAAAGCCUGAAAGAAAAUGGCGGUUGUGAAACCAUUACCUUGAAAGAGAAAUUGCUUCAGGAAGGAGAGGCUGCAGUGCUUUCAAAGGAUGGGUACCGAUCUUCCAAGGAAAGAAACCCACUAUCUGCUGGAGGUGAUCCAGUUGCCAUUUCAAAGGCGUCUAGCACCAGUAGGUAUGUGGGCAAGGGUGGAGGAAGCAGCAGCAGCAGUAACAACAGCAAACAAUCAAAGAAGACAUCAAAGUUUCUCAGAGCUCGGUUGGGCGACAACUCAUUGGCUAUGCUUGAUUUUCGUCAUCCUGAUGAUGUGAGCCCUGAAGGAAACGUUUGGAAGAACGGUGCGGCGCACAAGCUCUUCUCCGGCAACGCAAAGAAAUAG